CUGAUCCCCGGCAGUCAGUAUGGAAGAUACGGUGUUCUCCUCCUAUGCUUUCUAUAGCACCCUCCUGAUCCUGAAGAUGUACAUUCUGGCUGUCAUAACCGGGCAGAUCCGGCUGCGCAAGAAGGCUUUUGCUAAUCCAGAAGAUGCCAUGAGACACGGGGGCUUACAGUUCUAUCGAGAGGACCCCGAUGUAGAGCGGUACAGACGAGCUCAUCGGAACGACAUGGAAAACAUCUUUCCCUUUCUGUUCUUAGGAGCCAUCUACUCCAUGCUGGACCCUAACCCCACCAUAGCCAAGAUCCACUUCCGGAUUUUCUUUGUGUGCCGGGUAAUUCACACUGCCGCCUACGUGCUGUCCCUGAAGGCCCCGACGCGUUCCGUGGCAUACAGCAUUGCACAGCUGCCUUGCGUUUCCAUGGCGGGGCAAAUCCUCUUCUCUUUCUCAUCCUACUGGUAAUCACGUGGACAAGACCUCGGAGACCUCCGACAACUCAGAAUACUUUCUCGGGAGAGCCGAGGGGGCACAGCCAAAAAGUUCCUCGCCUGCGCAUGUGUCGUUAACCCCUUCAUCGGAGAAAGCUAGUAUCUGAAACAUUCACUCGCCAAAUCAUUUCAAGGCUUUCCUUCCGAAGUUAUCGGAAGCGGCUUCAACC